AUGGAAUUGCCCCGCGGUAAUCUUCCUCCCCCGCGGUGUGAGCAGCCUUUCCCGCAAGCCAUCUACUCCAAUUGGAGUCUUCUGGUACCGACUCCCCAGCUCUUUCCACCACGCCCAGGCCACUGGGAGAGGUGGCAAACUUCCGACAGCCGCAGACCCCACCCUGGCCUCCCCUGCGCUCUUCAGCCUGCGGAUGGGGCCUCCGCGAGGCCGGCGUGGGAGUGGGAGUGGGAGGGUCCCGACGCGCGGCCGGGCACGGGGCUCGGGGCGGGCGAGCACGCGCCGCGGGGCCGGGAAGCGCGCGGCUCUCCCCCGCGCAGGGAGGGCCGCGGACCCGGCGCGGCUCCACACGUGGCCCGGAAUCGCCGCGCUCUCUUCAGGAAUAGCCCCAGGGGCCAAGGAGGCCGCCGCCAGACCCGGUCAGGCUCCCAUCUCCCUCCAUCCUGGCUGCCAGGCGCGGCUCCCACGUUAACCCUCUCGGGCCCGGCCCGGCCUGCCGCCGCUGCCACCCCCUGCGCGCUCCACCUCGGCCGGCAGUUAGGGCGCCCCAAGCGCCGGCGGACGGCCGGGGGCGGCCGCAGGGGGCAGAGCCUCCCAAACCGCUUCCCCCGCGCCUCCUGGCCGCACGCCCACCCUCCCUCGGGGAUCGCAGGGACCCGCCCCUCCCGCGCACCGCCCGAGCCUGCCUCCCGGGCCGCCCCCAGCCCCGCGUGGCCUCCGAGGCGUGGGCUCGGUGAGCGCCGGGCUGAGGCCCCUAGAAUACCUGCUCCUCCGGCGCGCCUGGGGUUCAACUAG